GGCUGAGGGAGACAGGAGGACGGAGCAGAGAGCUCAGAUAUGUGUGACCAGUGAGAGGAACGCAGACUUGUUCGGAUACUGCAAUGCGCGUCAGAGGCGCGUUUUCGUUUUUACGCACAGCGAAAAAUGUUCAAGAGUAUAGGCUAAUAGAUAGUAAUAGAUUGUCACUGUGAAGUCCACGUGAAUUACUUACACUGAACUCCAUGUUGUAUUCUCUUCGAGACAGCGGAGUCUUUAAGUGAACUGCAGACUCAACAGUGCGUGCGGCGGUCAAGCUUUUCUGAAACUUUCUAUUGUUCACUUUACAUUUGACACUGGGAUAUUUGACGUUGUCAUGCAAUGAAUUUGGUUCAUGCUCGGUAGUUUAAGUGUGACUUUUGGUCUUAAACAGCAAAAUGGAUGCUUUGUUCAAUAUCACCUAUGCGUCAAAUUGGACCAGCAGCUCCAACGACACCAGUAACGGGACCGUGAACUGGAACCAGUUUGUGCAGCCAGUCUGGAGAAUUGUGCUCUGGGGCAUUGCGUACAGCUGUAUAGUGAUCGUGUCCGUGGUAGGCAACCUUACGGUGAUCUGGAUUAUUAUUGCGCAUAAACGCAUGAGGACCGUCACCAAUUAUUUCCUGCUGAACCUGGCGUUCGCCGAAACCUUCAUGUCCGCCUUCAACACCGUGAUCAACUUCACCUACGCCGUGCACAACGAUUGGUACUUCGGAUUGGUCUACUGCCGCUUCCACAACUUCUUUCCGAUCGCUGCUGUGUUUGCCAGCAUCUACUCAAUGACUGCCAUCGCUCUGGACAGGUACAUGGCCAUCAUCCACCCUCUGCAGCAGCGCAUGUCGUCCACAGAGACCAAGGUGGUGGUGGGAGUGAUCUGGGUGCUGGCUCUGCUCCUGGCCUUCCCCCAGUACUACUACUCCAACACAUACCAGGACGCCGGCCGGGUGGUGUGCUACAUCGACUGGCCCGAAUACACCGUGUGCGACUUCAAAAAGAUGUACUAUGUGUGUGUGGUCAUCCUGAUCUACCUUCUUCCUCUGCUGGUGAUGGGUUGGGCUUAUCUGGUGGUGGGACUGACUCUCUGGGCCAGUGAAAUCCCCGGAGACUCUUCUGAUCGCUACAAGGAGCAGCUGACUGCCAAACGCAAGGUGGUCAAGAUGAUGAUCGUGGUGGUUUGUACGUUUGCCAUCUGCUGGCUGCCCUACCACGUCUUCUUCCUGCUGGAGCAGUUCUUUCCAAACAUGUUUAUCGAAAGGUUUAUCCAGCAGGUUUACCUGGCCAUCAUGUGGCUGGCUAUGAGCUCCACCAUGUACAACCCCAUCAUCUACUGCUGCCUCAACGACAGGUUUCGUGCUGGUUUUAAACAAGCAUUCCACUUCUGCCCCUGCGUCCCUCGAGGCUCUUAUGAAGGCCUGGAACUCAAGUCCACUCGCUACCUUCAGACCCAGACAAGCGUUUACAAGGCCAGCCGGAUGGAGACCACCGUUUCCACUAUUACCCAGGUUGGGGAUGACAUGGAGCCGCCCAGGGUCAAGGCAAUAGCAGGUCCACGGCGCGGUGGGGCCACGGUCGGGGCUAGACCACAUAGUUCCUCCUUGGACCUCACCUCCAAUGGGUCAUCGUCCCGGAGCGUUUCCAAAACGGUCUCAGAGACGUCCAGUUUCUACUCUAGUAACCACCUGCAGGAAUAGACCUCAAACGCAGUUUGCAGGACUGCAGGGAGAGAGAUAUCUCGGCGCAUGGGACUGUGCGUCUGUGAAGAAAAGUGAUUGGACUCUGGGGAAAGAUGCCAACUGUGUGCCAUGAAGAGACGUCUUCUUACAGUACUAGUGCCUGUUUCAAUAGAAAUGUUCAAAUACCUCUGGCUGUGUCUGAAAACUAAACAGCACUGCUUUUACUGAAACUGCCACAUAAGGGGCAUGUUGUUGUAGGCACGGCCAGCCCGCCAUACUACAACUUUAUUGACAUUUGUGUCCUAAAUUUAAGAAGGUUUAGAAGGUUGAGAGUCAGGGGCUGCAUGUUUCAAAUUAAACAUUCGGAACGUUCUGUUUUGGCUCUGUACUCCUGUGCAUUCAAUUGAAACUUUAAGUUAAAGGCUGGCAAUAUUCUAUCUUGUUCUCAUGAAUUCCCAUUUAGUUUCAUGUCAUUCAUUCAUUCAGUCUGAAAUCACCUUCUUGUUACCUGAUUUCUUGUUGGGAAUCAGUAGGGAAUCAAUGACAUUCUUACAGUAUAAUACAAAGCAUCAUUUCAUGGUGCUUGUGACACUCAGAAAAAUGUAUUUGUUGUUUUACAGACAAUGCGCAUGGGAACAUGCCGUUUUGGGCCAGUGUGUGUGUGUGUGUGUGUCACGUGAUCUUGCAAUAUCGAAUGAGACCACUGCGCCAAAAUCAUCUCACAGCCCAAAAUUGUUUCAGGAGGGUUACAGUAGCAGUAACAUGAUGUCCCCAUUUUUUGUCCCGCCUUCUAAGAUCUGGUUGGUCGACUGUUUCUCCAACAUGUGGAAUUGCCAGUGGGCACAACUGCAGACCUCUGGCGAUUUAGAGGUUUAGACCCAGGAUAAACAAAAAAAGGCCAAAACCCAAAUAUGAAUUAAAACACAUCAACACCAUUAUGCUGCUGGAAACACUCACUAGCGCAGUGUGUAAUAGUGUGUUUAAUAUAGUCCCUUAACAAAUACACUAUUGGCUCCUGCUUGAAUAACGUUGGCUAAAAACAGAGCCCAGCUGUUUUAAUAAAUGACUAAGCCUUUUUUUUUCGUUAAUUUAAUUAACCAAGGAAACUAACUAUAUCUUUGAAAUGUAUUACAGUAAUUUAAUUAAGUUGAAUUAACUAUAUAUUUUUCAAUGAUUUACAUCUUCUGUCGGAACAAAUGGCCCCUGUCAGGUUAGGGAAGUCAGAAAUGCAUUGUUGACUUUUUCGGGAUUUGUUAACAAUGAGAAAAAUAUACCACAGCCUUAUCCUUUAAAAUGCUGACUCAGCUAUAAUUUGAGGGUGAUUACAUUCACAUCCGAUCAACCGUGUAGAACUUAUAGCCCUUUGAAUCCCUCAAAUGUUUCAUUUGAAGUCCAGUGUGCUGGAAUAUAGAGCUAACUAAUACUGCGCAGUACGUGAAAAAAUACAUUUCUGAUCAUAUUUGUGACUACAUAGAUAAGAAAUAUGGAUCUGAAACAUACACUAAGUAGAUAUCUGCCAAGUUUCAGACACAGCCAUGUAUGCCAGUCUAAGUCCUAUACUGUGUUGUGCUGUAUCUGUUUUGCUUGUUUCUAUCAUGCUUAUUCCUGAAAGAGAUUUAGGUUGAGACAUCAUUCUAAAUGGCUGUUUCUCCAAAACCUCCAUGCUUUUGCUAUUAAAGUUAAGUUAAUCUUGUGUAUCUAUUUUUUCACUGUGAGUACUGCUCUGAGGUGGCUGUGUAUCUGUUCUAUUUACUGUACAGUGGGUGUUUUUAUCUGUGAUCUGUGCCAAAAUCGGGGUAUCAAUUGUAAUGUCUUCUAAUAAAGAAAAUGAGAAAUAACAGAAUUCAUUUCAAGCAACAAAA